AUGGAGCCUGGGUCAGCUGAGUUGUACGACCAAGCCCUACUGGGCAUUUUGCAGCAUGUGGGCAACGUCCAGGACUUUCUGCGCGUGUUUUUCGGUUUCCUUUACCGCAAGACAGACUUCUACCGCCUGCUGCGCCACCCGUCCGACCGUAUGGGCUUUCCGCCUGGGGCGGCCCAGGCCUUGGUGCUGCAGGUAUUCAAAACCUUUGACCACAUGGCUCGUCAGGAUGACGAGAAGAGGAGAAAGGAACUUGAAGAGAAAAUCAAAAGAAAGGAAGAAGAAGAGGCAAAAGCUAAAGCAGCUGAUACAGCUGAGAAGGAACCUGUACCAGUCCCAGUUCAGGAAAUAGAGAUUGACUCAACAACAGAAUUUGAUGGUCCUCAGGAAAUGGAGAAAGACCAGCCUUCAGGCAAGCAAGGUGCAGUCCAGGACGAGGCCCGUAGUUUGGAGGAGACAGAGCCUCCAGGAGCAGUUGCUGGCAUUGCUAAAGUCCCUAGGGAGCCACUAGCGCUUCCCAAGUAA